AAGUGUGUAAGAUAGUGCGCUGGCCUCAUGCUGGCUGGAAACGUGCCCUGUUCAGGUAACCGGCGGGUAGCAGAGCACCUUGCGUUUGCCUCCUGGAUCACAGCAGCACAGUAUAAAAGCCAGAGGCAGCAGUGGACAGGAUGAGAGAUCUCCAUCAGGAUAACUGAGACUCACCGAGCUGCUGCUUCACCGCACACUCAAACAGAUACGAACACUUCAACGAUAAUCACUGAUUAUUUACCAAAAAGAAGAAAAAAAAAGAAUGAAGAACAUCAGCUUUUUUACCGACAUGCUGCUUCUACUCAUUGCCAGUGAUGCGAGCGCUUGGAUUAUCAGAAAUGCGACUGAAACGCUCACCGGAACUAAUAUCACUAUCAAUAAAUCGGAAAUGGGGACUGACGGAUUAGCAUCCGUGCCCAAGUCAAGGCGAAAACGGUACAUUUCGCAAAGUGACAUGAUAGCUAUUCUGGACUAUCACAACAAGGUGCGAGCGAAUGUUUUCCCACCUGCAGCCAACAUGGAGUAUAUGGUUUGGGAUGAAGGCCUGGCCAGGUCAGCAGAAGCUUGGGCAGCCAUGUGUAUUUGGGAACAUGGACCUCCUUACCUUCUUAGAUAUCUGGGUCAAAACCUCUCAGUCCGAACUGGCAAUUACCGCUCAAUUCUUCAGUUGGUUAAACCUUGGUAUGAUGAGGUCAGAGAUUAUGUGUUUCCAUACCCACAUGACUGCAAUCCUCGCUGUCCGAUGCGCUGUUACGGACCCAUGUGCACACAUUACACACAGAUGGUGUGGGCAUCAUCAAACAGAGUUGGAUGUGCCAUCCAAACCUGUUACAACAUGGUUGUGUGGGGCGCUGUGUGGAGGGAGGCAACUUACUUGGUCUGCAAUUAUUCUCCAAAGGGCAACUGGAUUGGUGAGGCGCCUUACAGAGUUGGUGUGCCAUGCUCAGCCUGUCCUCCAAGCUACGGAGGUUCAUGCAGCAACAACAUGUGCUUUCCUGCCAUCAACUCAAACUUCAUGUACUGGUUUAAAUAAGAUGUCUGUCAUAUUUUUAAAGGAAUAGUUCACACAAAAUUGAGAAAAAAAAAAAAAAAACAGUCCAUCCAAGAUUUUGAUGAGUUUGUUUAUUUCUCAGAACAAAUUUGGAGAAAUUUAGAAUUACAUCACUUGCUUACCAAUGUAGCGAAUGGGUGCCGUCAAAAUGAGAGUGCAAACAGCUGAUAAAAACAUCAUGAUAAUCCACAAGGACUCCACAUGACUCCACUGGAUCAAAAGCAUCUUGUGACAUGUAAUAAAGAAAUUUAUCAUUAAGAUUUUUAAAAAGACUUCUGGUUAAAAUAGGAGUCCUCUAUCCAAAAUAUUGCAUUUUCCAGUGAAAAAUCAGUAUCUGAGUCUGUAUCAGAAAAGAAAUACGCACUGAUCAAGCAUCGUUUACAAGCAAAAAUAGUCUAAAGCAGUUCUAAACAAAUAUGUCAGUGGAUUUUGAAUGAGAGGACAACAGGGGAAUUACCUUUUCACUUAAGGAAACGUUAUUAUGGAUUAUGGGUAUUUUUGUGCUAGAAACCACAUUUUAAAGUUAAAAGCCUUAAUAAUGGAUUUGUUUCUAACAAACAUGCAGCUUUUCACUUUCCAAGAUAUUAACUG